AUGUCAGUGAAUGUUCCCACCAAUUCAAGGCAGAAGGAGAAGGAUAUCAAUCAGAAGCUCCAAUUUUUUGGUAUCUACCAUGCCUUCAAGAACAGCAAGCUCCCUUCAAACAAGCAAUGCGAUAUAGCUCUGAACUCCGCCUUGAACUCCAAGGCCCUCACAUCUCCAUCUAAGGAACUCUCAUCCGACGGAAAGACCCUUGUGGCAGAUCUGCGGAAUGUCAUUGACGCAGCUAAGAAGAUGCUUUUGGUCAAGAAUGAGGGUGAACUCCUGCAAGACUUUGUGUGGCAAGCCCAGAAGGUGUCAGCUGGUAACACCAAUUCUCAGCGCCCUGCUGGGCUCCCCGUUGACAAGGAGGCCGGUCAGCAAGAUGCUAGCAAGGCUAUUGAUGGCCUGAAGACUCUGGGCACACUCAUGAUCACCAAUGGAGAGUUUAGAAAACUACUGAGCGAUGCCAUGACCCUAGGCAGGGAUAUUGCUGCCGAUGCUUCUCAAAAAGCUGCCAGUCAGCUCCGCCCCUCAGAGGAGGAGCUUUCUCAAAUUGACCAAGCUGAAGAGGAAAAUGUGUGGUACGAGAAGCCCAGUCUCUCCAAGGAUGACCUGAAGUCCAAAUCCAAGAAGAAAAAGGCUGAGAAGGGAAGCGCUGCUUCCGCUUCCGCAGCGGUUGCCGAAGAAGAGACUGGCAAAUCACCGCAGGAUACGAGGAAGGAAUAUUCCGACAAGACGAAGAACUACUUGUCUGAGAAGAUUCCCAAGGAGCGUCGCGAGCAGACUAUCUGGCGCCUGAAGAAGAUGAUCAUUGAGAUCCAGGGUCAUGCUGACUACCAGCAAGCCAUUGAAACCUUGUUGAGUUUGGCCGAGCAAUACGCCGGACAUGCCAAGGACGUCUCCAACCAGGGCGGCAGCUCAGCCCGUGACGUUCUGAAGACCGACAAUGUCCUGGCUGUUCAGUACAACCUGCGAACUCUUAUCGAACGCUUUGCCAACCACACCUCUCUGGACGGCUUCUUCGAGUCGCUAAACACCGUUUACCGCGAUGCUGAGAAGGAUCCCGAACUCCGAAACUGGUUCACAAACGUCGACAACUUGAUUCGCAAAUCUCUGCGCGAGCAGGGUUUCAUUAUGGAAGACGAAUGCAACCGCCAGUGGAACGAGAUUUACGACAAGGGCCGUUACCUCCUGCGCGAGCGUUAUCGCGGUCACUCCGAUCGUAUUGUCGACGAGGUCAAGUUCCUGGCCGACCAAUUCGAGCAGGACCCUCAAAACCAGGCCCUUGCUGAGUCGAUCCAGAAGCUGUUCAAGGAUCUGGGCCACGACGCCAGCGGCAAGCCCACCUUCAAACCGGAUCUUCUUCGGGAUCUCCGCGAUGUCAUCAUUCCCGGCAUUUUCGAGAAUGUCCGCUACGUUCCAAUCCCCCGUAUUGAGGUUUCGGAUCCCAUAGUGGAUGUUGUGGUGGAGAACCUCUGCCUUGAGGGUGACAACCUGAUGCCCAACGUUGUGGAGUUCGGCAGCGACAACUACUUCCGCUGGGGCCGUAAGAAGAUUAAUAACAAGCGUGAUAACAAAAUCAUGAUUUCCAUGUCUGGCAUCCAGAUGGAUCUGCGCGACGUCAGCUACUAUAUCAACAAGAAGGAGGGCUUCCCGGCUAUCACCGACCGUGGUGUUAUGGAUAUCUUCCUUGGUGGUGAAGGCCUCAGCAUCAGGAUCGCUGCUUCCACUGCCCAGAAGAACGACAAUGAGCACUUCUUCAAGCUGGACAAGGUGAAUGUGGGCAUCAAGAACAUGGACAUUAAGCUGAAGAAAUCCAGCCACAAGCUGCUCUUCAACACUUUCAAGCCCAUGCUGUUCCGCGUGGUCAGACCUGCUCUGCAGAAGGUGGUCGAGGGCCAGAUCCGUGAGGCUUUCAGAAGGGGCGACCUCUUCGCCAAAGAUAUUCAUACCGAGGCCACGCGUGCCCAGAAAGCUGCCCGUGAAGAUCCCGCGAACGCCCCAUCAAUCUUCUCUCGCUACGCCGAUGCCGUUCGAGCUCGUACCCAAGCCAAGGCCAAGCAGGUCGAGGGCGCUGCCAAGCGUGACACUAAGGUCCAGACUCUGAUGACCCUCCACGGUUCCAUCUUCCCUGACGUCGAGCUUCCCGGAGCUGUCUCCACCAAGGCCACUGAGUACGCCGACCUGGCUGCCAAGGGUGAGCGCUGGGAGUCCCCCAUCUUCAGCAUCGGCAGCGCAUCCGAGUCCACCGGCAUCCCGUCUGGCGGCCCCAUCAUCAAAAAGUCUGCUGCCAGCACCCACGGUGCAGGUGCCGCCGGAGUUGUUUCCGCCGCAAGUGUCUCUGGCGCCACCGCAGCCGCCGCUUCCAAUACUGCGAACGGCACCAACGGAAAUAAGGCCUCUGAAUACCAGUCCCGUGGCUUUUCCGAUGAGGUUGAUCAAGCUUUCGUCAAUCACAAGUCCCAGAACUUGGGUGAAGCUGCUAAGCAUCGUGUCAGCGGUGCCAAUGACGCUGACGGCGUUACUAACGUUGCUAACGGAACUGCCAUCAACAAUAUCGGAACCACUGUCUAA